GAGGGAGGCGGCGGCGGCAGCCGCCGAUCGAUCGCGCCCGACGGCCCGAGCAGCAGAAUGGGUGGUGGAAUGAGGACUAAGACCGACAGUCCCACAACGCCAACACAACGCCAAGCCGAUGCACCACGGUACGGAGAGCAGGAAAAACUACGUGAGCUCCCGCAAAAGGAGCUAGGAGGGGUGAUAUUUUGUUGCAAUCGCAACACAUUUGAUGAAUGCUUCGCUAAACAAUUAUUUGGUUUGCCUCCACGCCAUAUCGUGUAUGUCAAGAAUGUUAAGCCUGGCUUGCCUCUCUUUCUAUUCAAUUCUACUGACAGAUCAUUGCAUGGUAUUUUCGAGGCUACAAGCCCUGGCCAGCGUUGUAUUGACCAAUUUGCUUGGAUGUCUGAACCAACUGGUGGUACGAUAACACCAUUUCCUGCACAGGUCCGCUUCUCUACCAAGACUAAGUGUCAUCCACUUCCAGAAGACAAAUACAAAAGUGUACUUAUAAACAAUUAUUUCAGCAAGGAGAGACCUAGCUACUUCUAUUUUGAGCUAGACCAUAAACAAACAAGAGAUUUGAUUUCUUUGUUUGCACCUGCUCCUGUUCGUGCUAUGCCAAGACCUGCUACCGCUCACGCAGUUCCAAACGCAUGGGAUGGACCUCUGCCGUUUCUAACAGCAAAAACAUGUGUUUCUGAGCAAGUGAAGAGUGAGCAUGAUGUGAAGGAUGUGAAUCAAUUCAGUGUUUUAUCACAUUCACAUGAUAUCGUUUCAUAUUCCUUGCCUGAUCUAGAUGUCAACUAUGCUAAUGAAAGCACAACAUCAAGGAGCAAUAUUGACAAAGAUGCUUCUGACUAUGAUGAUCUGGUUGGUGGUUCGAUCAAGGAAGAUGAAGAAACUGUGAAUGAUGACCAGCAUGCUAAAAUGGAAGAGCUGUCUUCUUCACAACAGAAGGAAGCCCAUUCCUCAGAGGAUGCUCUUGUUUCUGCUUCAGUUCAAUGCAUACGCCAGGAUACAUGGCUUGCUGCUACUUUCCCCAAAGAUUCAUCUUGUGCCACAUCUCAGUCUGACACAUCUGUGAAAGAUAAUACACCCUCUGUGCAAUGCCAUGGAUAUACUGAGAUGCAUCAAAUUAUCAUCAAUUUAUCCAAGAAGACUGAAGCAAUGGAAAAAAAGCAGAUUGAUUCAGAUCAAGAAAUUUUGUCGUUGAAGGAAUUGGUAAAGGGCACAGAAAGAAGAGUUGAGGAACUGAAACAACAGUUUGAGAAAUUGCAAUUGGAGCAUAGAUCUUCAGCACCACUCUUCAGUGAAAUACUCCUAAUGGGUGGCCAUAAUGGCAUUAACUGGUUGCCAUCCCUUGAUUCAUAUUGCCCUGCAACGGACAUACUAGAAACUCUAAUGCCGAUGAGCUCAGCCCGUGCAUAUGCGGCUGUUGCCACAUUAAAGGGCCAUGUAUUUUCUUUUGGUGGUUGGAAUGGCAAGCAUAGUUUGUGGUACAACUCAGUGGAAUGCUACAACAGGAGAGCCAAUAAGUGGAUAGCAUUGCCCUGCUUGAAUCAUGAGAAAGGGCAUCUUGCUGGAGCUACCUUGAAUGAUAAAAUAUUUGCUAUAGGUGGGGGUGAUGGGUCUCAAUCUUUUUCAGAAGUUGAGAUGUUUGAACCAGCAACAGGGAAAUGGAUAUACGGUUUGUCUAUGCAGCAACCUCGAUGUGCUCCUGCUGCAGCUGAAUUACAUGGCGUUCUCUAUGUAAUUGGUGGUUAUGAUGGCAACAUGUACUUACAAUCAGCAGAGAGGUUUGAUCCAAGGGAAGGUUUCUGGACCCAACUUCCAAGUAUGGGCACAAGAAGAGGAUCCCAUUCAGUAGUCGCCUUGGGGGAUUCACUAUAUGCUCUGGGUGGCCAGGAUAGAAAUACCACGUUGUCCAGCGUAGAGAUUCUUGACACCCGUGCCAAUUCAUGGAGAACGGGCAGCCCGCUUAGCGUCCCAAGAGCAUACGGAUGUGCGGUUGCAGUGGACGGCAACGCGUACCUCCUUGGCGGGAUCCAAAGCAGCGAAAAAUAUGCUGAAACUGUGAGUUCUACCCCAGUAUAUUCUCUCCAUUCCCUGUUGCAGUUGCUUCCUUUCUUUCCAUUUUUGUUUUUGAUUUCACAGGUUGAGGUUUACAAGGAGGGCCAAGGCUGGUCGACCUCUGGUUCCAAGGCAGUAGGGAAGAGGGCUUUCGCAUGUGCUGUUGCCGUUUGAUAGGUCUGCAGAAGUGGACAUCUCACAUUUCGAUCGGGCUUCCACUCCUCGCCGGUUUUGUAUAGCACAAGUGCACUGCACAGCGCCCGCAACGCGCAAAACACCUUCUUUCCGGACAGCUGCAGGGUUGAGAGAAACCUAUUCUGUGCACCACGUCUCUUGGAUUUUUCUUCUCCUUUCUGGAUCACCCCGUAGUUAUUCUGUUCGUUGUUGUUUCUAUUCGUUUAGGAUAACCAUUGAAGAUUAGAUGGUGUCGCCUGAACUUGACUGUCUACCGGACACCAGUUAUACCUGGAGAAGUUCGAAUGACAGAAUUUAGCUGCUGAUUGUACAUAUGGUUAGGAAGUUCUAAAUUUUGCGU